AUCAAGAUACCGGAAAUGCAGACUGCAGCGGUAGUGGAGCGCUUCGGCGAACCAUACGUCUUGAAGCAGAUCCCACGCCCCGAAAACCCUAAAGGGCCUGACCUUCUCAUCAAGGUCCUCGCGGCCUCAUACUGCCACACAGACGCCGUAUUUGCUGCGGGGCUCUUAUCUCAGGACUUGCCCAGGAUCGGAUGUCAUGAGUUUGCUGGGGAGGUGGUGGCGGUCGGCCCUGAAGUCCGGGGUAUCGCUGUAGGCCAGAGGGUGGGAGUGCCAGGCCGGGCGUAUCAUCCUUGCGGCUCUUGUUACGAAUGUACGCACCCCGGACAUGAUGAGAUGGGGUACUCGCCUUACUGUCCCCAAGCCGGAAACCUGGGUCUGACACGGGAUGGAGGGUUUCAGGAGUACUGCUUGGUGGACAGCCGGCAGAUCGCUCCCCUACCUGAAAGCCUGCACGCAACGCAAGCUGCACCGCUGAUGUGCGCCGGUCUUACCAUCUGGAGCGCUCUUCAACAUGAAAGGGUGAGGAAAGCACAGCGAGUUGCUAUCAUUGGUGCGGGAGGUGGCCUGGGUCAUAUUGGAGUGCAAUUCGCUGCAUACCUUGGAAAAGACGUCCUCGCUGUUGAUGCCGCAGAUCAGGCACUCCAGCUUGUCCGACAGGUCAAAACCGACCUCGGUGAAGCGGGAAAGAGGGUGCAUAUUUCUGAUGCCAGGAAAGAGGACCCGGAGACCAUGAAAGCCUUGGGCGACUCGAUAACCGGCAUUGCGCCUACAGAGGUUGGGUUGGACGCCGUCAUCCUUCUUCCAGAAUCUCAAAGAGCGUUCGAUAUGGGCAUGAAACUACUUCGGAAUCACGGGACCAUGGUUGUUGUCAGCUUCCCCAAGGACAAGUUGUCAGUCAGCGCACAUGACCUUGUGUUCCGCGACAUUGCUCUGGUUGGCAGUUUAGUUGGAAGAAACCACCAGUUGAGAGAGAUGCUGGACUUUGUGGUCAAGCAUCAGGUUCAAGUUCGAGUCAAGACGUUUCCCUUUAACCGACUCAACGAGCUUGAAGAGCAAUCUCAUCAGGGAGAGGGGGGCAAAUUGGUCAUUGAUAUGACGCUUCAGUAA